AUGAACACAGCAGGCAUAUACACAGCAGCAAACAUGAACACAGUAGGCAGAUACACAGCAGCAGACAUGAACACAGUAGGCAGAUACACAGCAGCAGAUAUGAACACAGCAGGCACAGUAUACACAGCAGCAGACAUGAACACAGCAGGCAGAUACACAGCAGCAGACAUGAACACAGCAGGCAUACACACAGCAGCAGACAUGUACACAGCAGGCAGAUACACAGCAGCAGAUAGAAAAACAGCAGGCAAUCAGAUACACAGUAGCAGACAUGAACACAGCAGACAGAUACACAGCAG